UUUACGUCUCCUUCUCCGGAAUAAACGUGACGAGGCAUCACCGAAGAAGCUCCAGUCUGUCUGCUGUCAACACAGCGGCUAAAGUGAUAGCUCCCAAACCAGGAAGUUAAGAAAAAAGAAAAACCACCGCGGGACUUCCACAAAUCCGCCCAGACUCUCCACCUGAUUAAGUAGCGGUUUUUGUUUUUUUUUUUUUAAGCGUGAAGUGAACCAACACAACAGCGAGUUUUUGUUUGUUUUUUUUUUUCUUCUUCUCUUACUCUAGCUAGCAGUCACACAAACGCGUCAAUCCGCCGAUAGUUCGUGGUUAGUGUUUCUUCCUUCACAACUGUUUGGAAGAUGGCGACCAGUUCAGAGCGAAGUCCUCCUCCGUUUCCAGACCAAGAGGAUCAAGAUGUGCUGGACUCUGAAGAAAACCAGGUCCGUGACAGCGACGAGGACGACGCGGAGGAUCUAUUCAUGAGCGCAUGUGAACCCCCAGUGAGCGAAAUGGAUGCCUCAUCUGCCAGCCAAUCAAGUGAUGGUUUAAUGAAGUUGCCCAGAAAUGCCACUGCUGAUCCCUUACGUGAGCCUGUCAGUAGUCACGCAGAAAAUAAACCAGUGAGUAAACCUGCCAGUGAAGCAUCAGAUGAUUUUGUCCAUGUAACAAAAUCAUCCAAUGAGGCAGUUGAUAACGCCAAUACAGGUGCAAGAAAAGAGGAAACACCAUUAAAGGAGCCAUUGCAUGGGUUUGUUGACAUAUUUGGAAGUGAAACUGAAGCCCCAAGAGUAGAACGCAUAGCAGUGGAUGUUACAGUUGAAGCUACACCAGUUAAAAGUGAGGUGACCAGCUGCAUCACAGGUCCACUUGGUGAUGGUGAACAGGAGGUCAAAAAAACUUCCACUGCCCCACUCAUUGAUGUCAGCUCAGAUUCUUCAGCCAGUAAAUCGCAACAACCAUUUGCUGACCCGUUAGUUGAUGUCCUAUUUGAUAGUCCACCUACUGAUGCAAACAAAUCGACGUGGCAAAAAGCUGAUCCAUUUGAAGAGGAGGGAGAAGACUUGUUCACAGAACCCCUACAGCCAAAAUCUACUAAGGAACCACAGAAAAGCCUUUCCUGUCAACCUGAUGAGGAUAUUUUUGGUGAACCGCUGGGUGCCAUCUCAAAGAAAAGUGUACCAGUCAGCAAUGAGCCACAGGACAAAUCUGUCACAGUCAAAGGAGGUGCUGAAGGCACAAACGCAAGUGGGUCUCAACAUAUUGGUACCAAAAGAGAACCUGUUAUCAGCAACACCAGUGUCAAUUCCAAGACGAAUGGGAUCCUUUCUGAAGAAGAGGCAGACUUAUUUUCUGAAGCCACAGUGGAACUUUCCCUUGACAGCCCCCGGAAUGAGCGGAAGGCAAACGUGGUCAAACCGUCUACAUCUGGCUCCUCUCUCGCAGCAAGUGCCAGCCUGCCCACAACACAGUCUGCUGUUCUGGAGGAGCUGGAAGAAGUGGAUGAGCCUGAAGACAAAUUUGACAUUGUUGUUUCUGUCACUGACCCUGAAAAAAUAGGAGAUGGGAUGAAUGCCUACAUGGCUUACAAAGUAUCAACACAGACCUCAUUGGCCAUGUUCCGCCACAAGACAUUUACAGUGAAGCGGCGCUUCAGUGAUUUCCUUGGCCUUUAUGAGAAGCUUUCUGAAAAACAUGGACCAAAUGGCUUCAUUGUUCCUCCACCACCAGAGAAAAGCAUCCUGGGUAUGACAAAGGUGAAGGUGGGAAAGGAAGAUCCUUCAUCUACAGAGUUUCUGGAGAGAAGAAAAGCUGCUUUGGAAAGGUAUCUCCAGAGAGUAGUAACUCACCCAUCACUUCUUCAAGAUCCUGAUGUCAGAGAGUUCUUGGAGAGAGACGAAUUGCCUCGAGCGGUGAACACACAGGCUCUCAGCGGUGCUGGCUUUCUGAAAAUGAUCAGCAAAGCUACAGAUGCCGUCAGUAAAAUGACCAUCAAGAUGAAUGAGUCAGAUGCGUGGUUUGAGGAGAAACUGCAAGAGGUGGAGGCUGCAGACCAGCAGUACAGGAAGCUCCACGCGCUGGUUGAUUCCCUGGUCAUCCACAGGAAAGAGCUGUCCUUGAACACUGCAAGCUUUGCCAAGAGUGUGGCCAUGCUGGGCAGCGCGGAGGACAACACCGCUCUGUCCCGUGCGCUCUCCCAGCUGGCGGAGGUGGAGGACAAGAUGGAGCAGUUACACCAGGAGCAGGCCAUACAUGACACCUUCAGCUUUGCAGAGCUCAUUGCAGAUUACAUUCGCCUGCUCGGUGCUGUGCGGGGGUCGUUUGACCACCGGAUGAAGGCAUGGCAACGUUGGCAGGAUGCACAGGCCAUGCUACAGAAGAAGCGUGAGACAGAAGCCAAACUCCUGUGGGCCAACAAGCCCGAAAAACUACAACAGGCCAAAGAAGACAUCACUGAGUGGGAGGCAAAAGUGACACAGUACGAGAGAGACUUCGACAGAGUGUCUGCCACUGUGCGCAAAGAAGUCCUCCGCUUUGAGAAAGAAAAGACUGCCAAUUUCAAACAACACAUAAUCAAGUACUUGGAGUCUCUGCUUCAGUCACAGCAGCAGCUGAUAAAGUACUGGGAGGCUUUCUUACCGGAAGCAAAAGCAAUCGCUUAACGCUCUGUCACCAGCCUUUUGGACGAGUAAAUGGGCUGCCUUUUCUUCUACCCUUUACCUCUCGCCUUUAAUCCAAAAUAAAUGUUUGCAUUGUAAAGGGAGAUACAAUCAACCUCUUAUUUUUUUCCACCUUUAACAUACUCGUAUAGCUCUGUAUUCUACUUUAUUGAUAAUUGUAUAUGUUUGUUUAACCUUGCACAAAUAUUUUUUUAUUAGAUGAAAGAGUUACAUAUAUGAAAGCAUGAAUGAUUCCAUUAAUUUUCACAAGAGAAGGGAAGGAGACUGUUCUCAGGAUCAAAUUGCCGUCAAGCGCUCCUUCACAUCACCUUGCGCCUCCACCAGUGUUUGUGGAGACCCCGAGCAAAGCGGCCAGAUUCAGUUCAAUUUUGUUUUUUUUAAAGUAGGCCCAAAGGGAUAAAAUAAUCUAGAACCAUAAGUGGUAGCAUUUCCACCUGAGUUUGAGACUUUUUGAUUAAAAUGCUGUUCGUGUUGAAGGGAAGAUUGCCGGGUAAAGAUGUUAGCAUCUGCACCGCGGUUUGACCUGCAUGUGACGCCAGCCAUUGUGCAAAAUUAACUGUGUGCCUUUACAGAAUCGUAAACCUAUUUUUGUUUACAGACACUUAAGUUUAUCCAGUUUGGGCGAAUGUGUCUGAAAGUUGUGCACGGUUGCAGCAGUGCGUAGGUUCUGUAUGGGCUGCGAACCCUGCUAAAGAGGAAAAUUCAUGUUACAGUGUGACUGUUUACGGCGCAGCUAAUUUGACUCGACAUUCUGAAUGCUCAUUUUCUGAUAUGUUAAUUCAGUUCUGACAAGAUGUUUCAGAAAAUAGAGAAAAGUCCUGAUAUAAAACUGAUCAAGAAAUGUUUGCUUUUCUGUCAAUACAACAAAUUUGGCAACGGUCUGGCAGCGUUUUGUGCCGUAAUCUGAAGUAAUUGUGCAUGAAUUUAAACUUGUGAGUUAACUGAAAUGUUAAAUCGAGAUAUUUAUAAAUGUUUUCUGAGUAGUCAGAAUAAAUGAGGAUCUCUUUGAAAACUGUGAGCAGCUAUAUUUGUAGACGUUGAUGGGAAUUAGUACUAGGAUAAACUAAAAUUCAAACUAUAAUUACAGCUUCAGAUUUCUAUAAAUAAAUGACUAGUACUUUAGCAUGUUUGACACAGAUUCAGGGGUUGCUGUGCAUAUGUAGCUUGUAAACCUCAGUCCCUGAAGGAUUCUCUGGUCACAAGGCCAGGGCCCUGGCUUUUAGCAUUCUGGUUAGAGUCCUCCUCCAAAUCGUGGGUUUGUGUCCCGAGGGGAGCAAAUGGGUGGAGUCAGCACAACGCAGAGUGCAGCUGCUACAUGUGCAUAACCCUGUUUGGUUCUGUGUGCCCGUGUGAUUUCACAAAAAUGAACCAUUGUGUCCUUGGUUUACCCUCAGUCAUUCCACCAAGACUGAUCCAGAUUUGGAUCAAAACCUGUUGUUUGGACACCGAUGGGAACAUGGGACUGAAAAACGAUACCCAUGCUUUACCGCAGGUGGGGUUAAUGAUGACUAGUUGGAACUAUCAUGAAGACUGGUUAUGGUUCAAAAGGCAAUAUCUGGAAUUCAAAUUUCAGAUGGUCCAAACUGAAUUGUACGAGAUCGUAGAUGUAAGAGAGAGAUUUUGCAGAAAAAAAAAAAAACACCAGCACGACCUGAGACACGUGCAGGCGGACUGAGCUUCUCAGUCAAAGGUCACCACUGCUUGUUUUCACAAGUUCUCGUGGAAUAAUAUUAAAAUGGUGCACUGGUCCUUUAAAAGCCUCUGUAGCAACACAGCGUGCAGUAACAUGAUCUUAAUGUUAAACACGCUGAUGCCUCAGUCUGUGUUCCAGCAGCAAAGCAGUAACAUGCAACACUGCUGCCGUGUUUCCAUCACAGCUUUAAUUUCACUUUUGCACACUUCAGAUUUGAAGGAAAGUCAAAUUAUCAAACAUGCAGAUGUUUCUUUGCACAAUUUGUAAUAUCGGAUGCAAGCUUGUUUUUAACUUACAUGCAGAGGACUUGAAUUUAAACAGUGGUAGUACAGCCUGACGCUGUGGGUCAUUGGUCGGCCACUUCUUUGUAAGAUGAAUAAAAGUUGCACUGUUUA